AUGACAAGCUCUCGCCCCCCCCACGCCCACCGCUUCUCCCCCUCCCCCUCCCAACACCCAUACCUCUCCUCCACACCCCCAACCUCAACCCCACAACCACCCGCCGCUCCUACCCUCCCUCACUCCAGCACCCCACAACCCCAAUCCACCCCCCAAACCCUAGCCCCCUUCUUCACGCUGAUCUCCAACCCGAGCAGCACAGCUCACAAGCACCCGGUAGUCCACUACGUCUUCUCGGACGAUGAGUUCGACCCCAUCCCCCCCGGCGCCAGCGGUAAAGGGCAAGAGCAAGAGCGGGAGCAGGAGCGACAGCAGGAGCGCGUGGUGGUGGUUGACAUGAACGCGGACGGGGAAACGGUCGCAGCUGCUCACAGCUUGUCCGCUGACUGGCAGGUCGUUGGCGCUAAUGUUGCCAGUGCUCCGCAGUGGAUGGCCGGAGAUGAGGAUGGGGGUGGUGGUGGUGGUGCGGGUGCAAGCGGGAGCAGUGGGGGGUUGAUGAUGACUAUUUGCGGGUUGGAGGCGCCAAAGAUUGGGUCGAUGGGGGCUGCCGUGACGGCUUCUGGGACCACGGGAAGAGGUGGAGGAGGAGGGAAAGAGACCCUUUAUGAGCUUGCGGAGAUGUACCAUGAAAGAAUGGCAGAAAUCAAAAGCGUAAUCGAAUACGCCGGGGGGUCCACCAGCGCCAGUGCCAGUGCCGAGCCGGAGCCUUGAAUCUCCACCCCCCCCCAAUGAUAUCUCUCCUAUUACCGUUACUCUGCUUUCAUUACCGUAAAGGCGCCAUACCGAGGAGGGGGGAUCCUUGCUCUCUUAUCUAUCAUACCAUCUCCACUUACUUGCUCAUCUUAUCUUAUCCUUAUCGUGGGCGUUCAAUGGCUGGAUUUGCUUUUUUUCCUGUCGGAGUUUAUUUUUUCCUCUUCCCUUUUUUUCUUAGUGAGCCGUCGUCAUGUUGUUCACCGCACCCCGAACCAGAAUGCCUCUUUUUCCUCUACUUGAUAUCAACAAGGAAUGUCUCAGAAAGUCAUGAAUAGGUGAGGGAAAUGAAUUACUAUCUACCUA